UGAGUCUUGGCUCGCACUGUAGGACAUAUAAGUAUUCUCAUUCGCUCAACUUACACCACUGGUGGCCGGGACUCAGAUCUUGGGGUCACCGAAGAGAUGGAGUUGAUGGAACUUGUUGACAAUGAGCCGACGGCUCGACCCUUUCAGUGCGACUGGCCAUCGUGCAAUAAGAGCUUUAACCGCAAAUCGGACCUGCAAAGACAUUAUAGAAUUCAUACAAACGAAAGACCAUAUUCAUGUGUAACUCCUGGAUGUGGAAAAAGUUUCAUACAAAGAAGCGCCCUCACGGUGCAUAUAAGGACUCAUACCGGCGAGAAACCUCACCAGUGCCAACACAUUGGGUGCGGCAAACGAUUUUCAGAUUCGUCAAGUUUAGCUCGACAUCGACGUAUUCAUACCGGCAAGCGACCAUAUAAGUGCGCCCAUGAUGGGUGUCUCAAGAGUUUCUGCCGAAAGACGACCAUGGUCAAACAUCAGAGGCGAUCUCAUCAGAGAGGUAUUCACUCUUCCGAAGUCGACGACUUUUCUUCCGAGUCCGACGGCGGCGAAUCUCCGUCAACACCCAAACAAACUAGUCUGCCAUGGUCAACCAGUCACCUGAGUAGCGGCCAUCCAGGCCUGCAGGGCCAUACCAUCCAAAGGGCAGCGUCGUUCGCCGAUUUUGGCCAGCAGAUAAACGAUUAUAACGUCCAGCAACAAUAUCACCGACACAGCGUUUCCGCAGGAGGCUCUAACGAGUAUCAUGGCGAGGUGGUUCAACAACCGCAACAUUCCGGCGUUCAUAUGCUGCAUCGAACAGCUAGCAUGCCACAGCAUACGUAUUACGUGACGGAACAGAAUAACCCAGGAGUAGCGACCAUGAACACGAAUCCGAUGCAGUCGUAUCAGAUGCCGAGACAGCAACCCGAUAGGCUUCCCUUAGAAAUCCCGUAUACCGGAGCUGGCAUGGCUGGCUCUAUACAGAGUAGCCCAACUUCCUACUCGGCCGGCCCAGGACGAAGCCCAUCUGCGCAAGAUGGGUUCUAUACGCAUCAACCUCCCCAAACGGCGGCGUAUACGUUGAACACGACAUCGCCCGUGGUAGAGCAACCCAUGGUCCAGUAUGCUCAACAGAUGCACCAUUCUGUCCAUCCUCCUCAGUCGGUACAGCCUCAGGUCGCUCCACCACAGCAUGUUCAUCAGGCUCAAGAACAGUACCAACCGCCACCGGCGCAACCAGAUGACCAGCAUUGGUACAGCACGAUGCCUUUUCAAUCUCCUGUCGAGGUGCCCACCAUCGGUCAGCUGCCUUCUUUUGGAUCUGGUGUUUAUGGAGACCCUUGGGCCAUCAAACCCGAAUUCGACGACCCGACGAUGCAAAUGCCCAGCGCUAGAGUCGAUAGCAUGUAAACUUCCUCAUUUUACUGCACGCGUCACGGCACGUUUUUCCCUUCAUAAUUAUCAUUAAUCGUCACGAGCCUCCGACCUGCUCUUGUAUAAUAGUCAUCUCGUUUGUUUGUUUUUCAUGCCGAAUAGGAUAUACCACAGGGGCUCACAGGACCAGAUCAUUUAUUGUUGGAGACCGGGUAGCUACUGUCGUGUAGUGUCUUUGCGAUACCACAGAAGCAGUGCUGCUCUCCAAUUUGUUAGGUUUUCGACACCUUCGCUUUGUACCCGCAGCGGCGUCAUGCGCGGUUCAACGUCCAGCUGGUUGAUGUUGACGUCAGACUAUGUUUCCUCCGACAGCCGAUGCGACUCUGAACGACAUAUCGAAAUGUCUCGACUGCCCAGCUCCUGGCCCGUGAA